AUGAGGCGGCCUGGUGCAGCACAUUCAGUUGCCUGGAAAUAUCAAAAACGAGGGUUUCAGUUGGGUGUUAGGUUGCUGAAAAUUCUUCGACAACCCAAGACCGGUUUCGCCCCUCCUGGGACUCAUCAGCAAUUGAAACAUGAGGCAGCCUUGUGCAGAACAUUCAGUUGCCUGGUGACAUCACAAAAGAGAGAUUCACCUGGGUUCUAUGUGAGUCUCUCAGAAAACCAUAGUUGUUUGCAGAUUAGUGUGGCUCUCACUUUUGAUCUUCUUAAUAUUUUCUCCUCGGAUUUACCAGCUUGGCCCAAGUUUGCCUACUGCUUUUUUAGGGGGGGAGGCAUUGAUUCAGAGGUAAUCGAGUGUCCAAUAAGCGCUGAUUUCCUCGGCUUGUUGGAUCUGCAUAUGAUA